AUGGGAUUUCAAAUCGAAUCACAAAUCUCCAGCUGUGGUGGUAAGCUAUUGAAGCUUCAACAUGAGUCCGAGACAACCGGCACUUCCAUGAACGUUAACAUCUAUUUGCCCCAACAGUACUAUAAAGAAGAUGGUGCCAAAAUCCCAGCUCUUUACUAUUUGUCAGGAUUAUCCUGUACACCUCAAAACGCUUCAGAAAAGGCCUUCUGGCAACCCCAGGCCGACAAAUUUGGUUUUGCAGUUGUUUUUCCAGACACCUCUCCUCGUGGAGCAGAUGUUCCUGAUGAUCCAGAAAAUGGUUGGGAUUUUGGCUUAUCCGCUGGUUUCUACGUUGACGCUACACAAAGCCCAUAUGACAAGAAUUACAAAAUGUUCAGCUAUGUUCAUGAUGAGCUCCCAAACAAGCUGGACCAAUUUUUCAAGAGUACAGGUUCCGAAUCUGGCUCCACGCUGGACUUUUUGGACAACGUGGCCAUCACUGGACAUUCCAUGGGUGGCUUUGGAGCAAUCUCGGGGUAUCUCAAACAAUAUGCAAGUCCGAGAAAAUACAAGUCGUGCUCUGCUUUUGCACCCAUCGCCAACCCAUCGCUGGUUCCAUGGGGCAAGAAGGCCUUUGGUAACUAUCUUGGCCUUGAAAGUGCACAAUGGGAAAAAUACGAUCCAGCCAACCUGGUCAAGAACAUUUCAAAUAAAGGAAACGACGUAAUUUUGAUUCACCAAGGUACCAAUGAUCCUUUUUACAAAGAACAAUUAAAGCCUCAUUUGCUAAUCGAGGCCGCCAAGGGUACCUCCUGGGAAGGUAAAAUUAACUUAAAUCUUGUUGAUGGCUUUGACCAUUCAUACUACUUUAUCAGCAGCUUUGUUCCUCAACAUGCUGAGUUCCACGCAAAGAACUUAGGACUUAUUUAA